AGUAGUCAUAAAGCUCGAGUUUCUCCUGUCGCUGACAGCUUAGUCAUGUUAGGAAAUGGCCAGAGGAUCUAGUUCCGUUUGAAUGACUGGGAGUUGGCGAACCCAUCGCUCGGCUAAACUGUUGUGACUACCGUGGAAGCUAACUCGUCCGAACAUUCCUACAUUCUCAUCGCGUUUGUUAACGACACAGCUAAUUGCGGCGCCCACCAUUUCGUCGCGCAGUCGCCGCCAUUCAUCCGAACGAAGUCUAGUGGCAUUAAUCUCAACGUCUGCUACCUGUUCGUCUUCCUAAUGCCCGUACGGCCGCCACUCGAGCCCCCUCCUAAUACCGACACCGGCGACCCCGGUUACAUCGACUUCCGGCAUCCUGCGUAUCCUGACAGCGAAGCGGCGCUGCUGCGCUUCGCUGCAAUCGAUGGUGAUCAUGGGGAUGGGGUCGACUUUGAGGUCGCGCUGGUUGCCUGUGGGAUCAUCACAGGCAAUACCUGGCACUGUGGGUACAUCGCGGAGAUGGACACCGGGGGGGGUUAUGUGAAGGUCGACAAGUCUACGACCGACGUUCUAAGACGACGGACGUAUUACUAUUUUGUUGAUGAACAAAGACCAGGCUAUAAGUACCCUGUUAUACCUUCGUUCGAUCACUGGCGCUUCCCACAUAGGAACCUCCCUUUCGCCUGGAAAAAUAUCAACAUGCCACAAGCAAGCCGUUCGAUGCUCAAGAGGAAGAUUGCUGCGCAGGACCGAGAUGGGACAUGUCGUAUCUCAAGACACGCAAGCGCUCUCGAGGUGGCACAUUUCGUGCCCGUGGCGGACGAGAAGUGGUUCGCAUCUAACAAGAUGGACCAGUAUGUCAAAUCUGGUUCCGAAACACGGCCUACGGAAGACCCAACCAAUCUAAUCACUCUCCGGCGUGACAUCCAUUACCUCUUCGAUACCCGCCGCUUUACAUUCGUUCCGAAACAAGACACAGCUAGGCAAGAAUGGAGCCUAGCUCUUCACGUUUUCGCCCCAGACGAAAAUCCGGACCUCAUCCCUCUCUACCACAACAGGUCUCCCGCCCCACUCUCAGGCAUCUCCAUCGAGCAUGUCUUUGCGCGCUUCGCAUGGACUAUCUUCUCUGAAAAGACGCUACGCUUUUUCAAGGGCGUGGCCGAAUAUGUGGUGCUUUUGUUUGACCCCCAGGCAGGCAAGGUGAUCGAAACCAAGCUCAGAUCGCCUGAGGUACGGAUGUCACUUAAGAUCUUUAGUUCAUCGAGUCGCACGCCGAGUCCGAAAAAGAGGCCGCGAGAUCAGUCUGCAGAAGACGAUCAGUUCUGGGGAGAGGAGAGAGAUGAUGUAUCUGUUGCUUCAGAUUGGGAUCCACCGCGCGGACGACGGCGGGAGCGCAGUUGGGAUUACUGCAACAGUAAUAGUCCGCCGGGAUAGAUCCAGUCGUUUAUCUCGACAGAGUCAGAUCGGAGUGAGAGCCAAGACGAUGUUGCUGAAACGUCAGGUGGAAUUGAGGCCUGAUGGCUCUCCUGACCCCGCGGCGAUUCCUCAUGUCACAGGACCUGGGAAGACCACUCGUAGUGAUGUAGUGCACCAGCCCCAGAAGAGAGCGAAAUAUGGGCCCGACAGGGAAUGACGGUUGAAUGAUACAAUGACCCAGUUGUUCCAGCCUUCAAUCAUUUGAUAGAGUCACUGUGACUGAGAAUCUACAGUC